AGGCUGCGCCGGGGUUCUGUGUCGCCGCGGCCUGGCUGCGGCUGCUUCUCACGCUCCCCUCCGGGUCCCCCAGGCCGCGUCCCGCCGGGGGAGGGGCCCCCCCGUGAGAGGCCGAGACUCGGGGGGACGGGCAGCUGCAGGCGCCGCGGGGGAAAAUGACAUCGCGGAGAUGGUUUCACCCAAAUAUUACUGGAGUGGAGGCAGAAAAUCUACUGCUGACAAGAGGCGUUGAUGGCAGCUUUCUGGCCCGGCCCAGUAAAAGUAACCCAGGAGAUUUUACACUUUCUGUUCGGCGAAAUGGAGCUGUCACGCACAUCAAGAUCCAGAACACAGGAGACUACUACGACCUGUAUGGAGGAGAAAAAUUUGCCACGUUGGCUGAGUUAGUCCAGUAUUACAUGGAACACCACGGGCAGCUCAAAGAAAAGAAUGGAGAUGUAAUAGAGUUAAAAUAUCCACUGAAUUGUGCUGAUCCUACAUCUGAAAGGUGGUUUCACGGGCACCUUUCUGGAAAAGAAGCUGAAAAGUUAUUAACAGAAAAAGGAAAACAUGGAAGCUUCCUUGUGCGAGAGAGUCAGAGCCACCCAGGAGACUUUGUUCUUUCAGUCCGGACAGGAGAUGAUAAAGGCGAGAGUAAUGAUGGGAAAUCGAAAGUGACCCAUGUCAUGAUUCGGUGUCAGGAGCUGAAAUACGAUGUUGGCGGAGGGGAGAAAUUUGACUCUCUAACAGAUCUAGUGGAACAUUAUAAGAAGAACCCCAUGGUAGAAACUUUGGGCACAGUACUACAGCUCAAGCAGCCCCUGAAUACAACCCGUAUUAAUGCUGCUGAGAUUGAAAGCCGGGUGCGAGAACUAAGCAAGCUAGCAGAGACCACAGAUAAAGUCAAGCAAGGCUUCUGGGAAGAAUUUGAGACUUUACAACAGCAAGAAUGCAAGCUCCUGUAUAGUCGUAAAGAGGGUCAACGGCAAGAAAGCAAAAACAAAAAUAGAUACAAAAACAUUUUACCUUUUGAUCAUACCAGAGUUGUUCUACAUGAUGGAGAUCCAAAUGAGCCAGUUUCAGAUUAUAUCAAUGCUAAUAUUAUUAUGCCUGAAUUUGAAACUAAGUGCAACAAUUCAAAGCCAAAAAAAAGUUACAUUGCUACUCAAGGCUGCCUACAGAACACAGUGAAUGACUUCUGGAGAAUGGUAUUCCAGGAGAACUCUCGUGUUAUCGUUAUGACAACAAAAGAAGUUGAAAGAGGAAAGAGUAAGUGUGUCAAAUACUGGCCUGACGAAUAUGCAUUAAAGGAAUACGGGGUUAUGCGUGUUAGGAAUGUUAAGGAAAGUGCAGCUCAUGACUAUACGCUAAGAGAACUGAAACUUUCUAAAGUUGGUCAGGGGAACACUGAGAGAACAGUCUGGCAAUAUCACUUCAGAACCUGGCCCGAUCAUGGAGUACCCAGUGAUCCUGGUGGUGUCCUGGACUUUUUAGAAGAGGUCCACCACAAGCAGGAAAGCAUCGCUGAUUCAGGACCUGUUGUGGUGCAUUGCAGUGCUGGGAUUGGACGAACAGGAACUUUUAUUGUGAUUGAUAUUCUUAUUGACAUAAUCCGAGAAAAAGGCGUCGAUUGUGAUAUUGAUGUUCCAAAGACCAUUCAGAUGGUGAGAUCGCAGCGGUCAGGGAUGGUUCAAACAGAAGCACAGUACAGAUUUAUUUACAUGGCAGUACAGCACUACAUUGAAACGCUACAGCGUAGAAUUGAAGAGGAGCAGAAGAGUAAGAGGAAAGGGCAUGAAUACACAAACAUUAAAUAUUCUUUAUCGGACCAGACAAGUGGGGAUCAGAGCCCACUUCCACCAUGUACUCCGACCCCAACCUGUCCAGAAAUGAGAGAAGAUAGUGCUAGAGUAUAUGAAAACGUGGGGUUGAUGCAGCAGCAGCAGAAAAGCUUCAGAUGAGAUGUACAGAAACUUCCAUGCAAAGGAAGAAGUGAAUAUUGUUUUUUUAAAAAGGUCAAGAAAGAGAUGGAACAAGCUUCACAUGAAGAAUGAACUUUGAAGGCUUGGUACCUUUUUAUUUAUGGUGUUUAACCCUUCAAUAAUAAGCAAAACUUAAGACCAUCUAAAGAUCAUGAUAUCCUUUCUCUCCAAUACCUGAUUUACAAUUGCUCAUUUUUCAGAUAAAAAGGAAAUCCUCUCUACAAUGUAGAAAGAUAUUUUGUAGAAUCUUAAUUGUGAAUCCAGCCAACUGUUAGACUGGUGCAGAUAGCAUUUUUGUUUCAAAAUCUGGUUAUUAGCAUUAUUUCUUAUCAGAGCAGUUGUGGGGAAUUUUUUUUUGAGUGGGGAAGCAAUGAUGUGGGUGAAUCCAUUGUAUAAAUAUAAAAUACUAAUGGGAACAAUUCUUGAUUGUUUGAAGACAGUGGAUCACCCACAUUAAUAGUCAGCUAAAUGAUAAAAUUAGUCCUAAUGCAUUUCAAACUUGGUCUGAGUUUGACAGGGGUGAGCAGUUAAUCUUUGAUAUGAAGAUGUUUUUUGUGACAGCUGAUGGCUUUGAUUACUUCUUAGCUGAGUUGCUGGAUGGGCUAUUUUUGAGUAACUACAAAAGUAGCCUUUAGAUCAGACGAACGUUCUCUAGAUGACCUGUACCCAAGAUACCAAUUUACAGCCACUCUGUCCCAAAAAAAAAAAAAA